AUGGCCCCGCUCUACAAGAAAACCCUCGUCGUUGGCGCGACGUCCGGCAUUGGCGAGGCCCUUGCUGCAAAAUUGCACGCCGAGGGAACUUCCGUCAUCGUAACCGGCCGACGCCAGGAUCGCCUAGACGCAUUCGUCGAGAAGCAUCCUGGGUCAGGCGGCGUGGCGGUUGACAUCGCUAAGUUGCACGAAAUCCCGUCUUUCGUCUCCUCUGUUACGCAGCAGCAUCCGGAUAUAGACAGCGUAGUUCUCAACGCUGGCAUCCAACGUCCUUUCAACUUCUCCAAGCCCGAAACGGUAGACCUGUCUAUAUUCACCGAGGAAUUCAAUACCAACUAUGUGUCUUUUGUGCACCUAGUAAAGGCAUUUCUGCCACAUUUGCAGCGUGUCUCCAGGGAUACCGAGGCGCAUUUGGUAUUCGUAAACGCUUCACUGGCGCUUGUACCGACAUUGACUCGUACGCCUGGUUAUAACGCUAGCAAGGCAGCACUUCACUCCUUCGUUGUGAAUGUGCGACAACAGAUUAAGGACGCGGGAUAUAAUAUUCGCUUCGUCGAAGUGUUCCCUCCUGCAGUGCAAACAGAGCUUCAUGACACAAAACACCAACCAGACAUGAUAAACGGCCACGAGAUAGGUAUGCCACUGGGCCCUUACAUCGAGCGAAUGUACGAGGGCCUGCGGAAAGGCGACGAGCAGUUUGCCAUUGGACACGCAGAAGAGUGGCUCAAAGAGGGCGGUUUUGAGGCUACUCGAACAAUACUAUUUGAGCAAGGUAAUGCCACCAUCAAGGAGGCUCUAGCAAAAUAUGUCAAGAGCACAUGA